GAUUCCUGUCAGCGGCGGCGGCGGUGGCGGCGGCCGUCAGUGUUCGCUGAGGAGAAGCCCGAAACGGACCGGUUGGCUCUCCCUCUCCCCUUCCCCGUCCGAACCUUCUUCUCUGUGGACUCACGGAGAGUCAGUUUUCCACUCCGCAGAGCUGUUCUCCACUCCGAAGCCCUUCUCGUCGCUCGGCCGGGUGGGAAGUGACUGCCCUCGAGGAGGAGGAGGAGGCAGCGGCUGCCGCCCUCGUCUCACCGCCCCCGGUUCGGUGCCCGCGGAUCCCGGAGAGGAGGUGCCGCCGCCACCGCCGCUCCCCCCCUCCCGCUGCCCUCGGGCCGGGCUGGGUCGAGCUGCGAUGCCCUCGGACUUCAUCUCAUUGCUCAGCGCGGACCUAGACCUGGAAUCGCCCAAGUCCCUGUACUCGCGAGAUUCUCUGAAGUUACACCCAUCACAGAAUUUUCAUAGAGCUGGACUAUUGGAAGAAUCUGUCUAUGAUCUUCUCCCAAAGGAGUUACAGUUACCUCCACCUAGAGAAACAUCUGCAGCAUCAAUGAGUCAGACAAGCGGUGGCGAGGCAGGCUCGCCUCCUCCAGCUGUAGUUGCUGCCGAUGCUUCUUCAGCUCCCUCCUCCUCCAUGGGCGGUGCUUGCAGCUCCUUUACCACCUCUUCCAGCCCUACCAUUUAUUCUACCUCAGUCACCGACAGCAAGGCUAUGCAAGUGGAGAGCUGCUCCUCAGCCGUGGGGGUAAGUAACAGAGGGGUAAGUGAAAAGCAGUUAACCGGUAACACAGUUCAGCAGCAUCCAUCAACCCCGAAGAGGCACACAGUUUUGUACAUCUCACCACCACCUGAGGACUUGCUGGAUAACAGUCGGAUGUCCUGCCAGGAUGAGGGGUGUGGAUUGGAAUCUGAGCAGAGCUGCAGUAUGUGGAUGGAGGAUUCCCCCUCCAACUUCAGUAACAUGAGCACCAGUUCCUACAAUGAUAACACUGAGGUACCUCGUAAAUCACGAAAACGAAAUCCAAAGCAGAGGCCGGGGGUCAAACGACGAGAUUGUGAAGAAUCUAAUAUGGAUAUAUUUGAUGCCGACAGUGCCAAAGCACCUCACUAUGUGCUUUCUCAGCUUACCACGGACAACAAAGGCAACUCAAAAGCUGGAAAUGGAACAUUGGACAGCCAAAAGGGAACUGGAGUAAAGAAGAGUCCUAUGUUGUGUGGACAGUAUCCGGUUAAAAGUGAGGGGAAGGAGCUGAAGAUAGUGGUACAGCCUGAAACCCAACACCGAGCCCGGUACCUGACAGAGGGCAGCCGAGGCUCCGUAAAAGAUAGAACACAGCAAGGCUUUCCUACAGUGAAGCUGGAAGGUCAUAAUGAGCCAGUGGUGUUGCAGGUGUUUGUGGGCAAUGACUCUGGUCGAGUAAAGCCACACGGAUUCUAUCAGGCCUGCAGAGUGACCGGGCGAAACACAACUCCAUGCAAAGAAGUGGACAUCGAAGGCACCACUGUGAUAGAGGUUGGCCUCGACCCUAGCAGCAACAUGACGCUGGCGGUGGACUGCGUAGGAAUACUGAAGCUGAGGAAUGCUGAUGUUGAGGCCAGAAUUGGAAUUGCUGGUUCUAAGAAAAAGAGCACGCGUGCCAGAUUGGUUUUUCGAGUUAAUAUCACGAGGAAAGAUGGCUCUACUCUGACAUUGCAGACACCUUCUUCCCCAAUUUUAUGCACUCAGCCAGCAGGAGUUCCUGAGAUCUUAAAGAAAAGCUUGCAUAGCUGUUCAGUGAAAGGAGAGGAAGAAGUGUUUUUAAUUGGGAAGAACUUUCUGAAAGGAACUAAAGUUAUUUUCCAGGAAAAUGUUUCUGAUGAAAACUCUUGGAAAUCAGAAGCUGAAAUUGACAUGGAAUUGUUCCAUCAGAACCAUCUUAUCGUGAAAGUUCCUCCAUAUCAUGACCAACAUAUAACUUUGCCUGUAUCAGUGGGAAUAUAUGUUGUGACCAAUGCUGGAAGAUCUCAUGAUGUUCAGCCAUUUACUUACACUCCAGAUCCAGCAGCUGGUGCUUUGAGUGUAAAUGUGAAAAAGGAGAUAUCUAGUCCAGCAAGACCUUGCUCUUUUGAAGAAGCCUUGAAAGCAAUGAAAACGACUGGAUGUAACGUAGAUAAGGUAACUAUCCUUCCUAAUGCCCUGAUCACUCCACUCAUAUCGAGCAGCAUGAUUAAGACUGAAGAUGUUACUCCAAUGGAAGUAACAUCAGAGAAAAGAUCUUCCCCAAUUUUUCAGGCUACAAAGACAGUCGGAUCAACGCAGCAAACUUUAGAAACUAUUUCUAACAUAGCGGGAAAUGCAUCCUUUUCAUCACCAUCAUCUUCUCACUUAUCUCCUGAAAAUGAAAAUCAGCAGCAGCUUCAGCCCAAGGCAUACAACCCGGAGACUCUGACAACUAUCCAAACGCAAGACAUCUCACAGCCAGGGACUUUUCCAGCGGUUUCUGCUUCUAGUCAGCUGCCCAGCAGCGAUGCACUGCUGCAGCAGGCGGCACAGUUUCAGACAAGAGACGCUCAGUCCAGAGACACAAUGCAGUCAGACUCGGUGGUUAACUUGUCACAGUUGACUGAGGCACCACAGCAGCAGCAGUCCCCACUACAAGAACAAGCACAGACGUUACAGCAGCAGAUACCAUCAAAUAUUUUUCCGUCGCCAAAUAGUGUAAGCCAGCUCCAGAGUACGAUUCAGCAGCUGCAAGCAGGAAGUUUUACAGGCAGCACUGCUGGCGGCAGCAAUGGAAGUGUUGACUUGGUCCAGCAGGUUUUAGAGGCACAACAACAGUUAUCGUCUGUUCUGUUUUCUACUCCAGAUGGUAAUGAGAAUGUUCAAGAACAGCUGAAUGCAGACAUUUUCCAAGUCAGUCAAAUUCAAAAUAGUGUAAGCCCUGGAAUGUUUUCCUCAACAGAGUCUGCAGUUCACACCAGACCAGAUAACUUACUACCUGGGAGGGCCGACAGCGUCCAUCAGCAGACUGAAAACACACUGUCCAGUCAGCAGCAGCAGCAGCAGCAGCAGCAGCAGCAACAGCAGCAGCAAGUGAUAGAGUCUUCAGCUGCCAUGGUGAUGGAGAUGCAGCAGAGCAUUUGCCAAGCAGCAGCCCAGAUUCAGUCAGAACUCUUUCCUUCAGCUGCUUCAGCAAAUGGAAGCCUUCAGCAGUCUCCAGUUUACCAGCAGCCUUCUCACAUGAUGAGUGCCCUGCCUACCAGCGAGGACAUGCAAAUGCAGUGUGAAUUGUUCUCUUCUCCCCCUGCGGUUUCUGGAAAUGAAACGUCCACCACCACCACACCGCAGGUGGCAACCCCCGGCUCUACUAUGUUUCAGACGCCAAAUUCAGGCGAUGGAGAAGAAACCGGAGCACAAGCAAAACAGAUUCAGAACAGUGUCUUUCAGACAAUGGUCCAGAUGCAGCACAGUGGGGACAGCCAACCUCAAGUAAACCUCUUUUCAUCUACAAAAAACAUAAUGAGUGUUCAGAAUAAUGGUACCCAGCAACAAGGGAAUAGCUUGUUCCAGCAGGGGAGCGAGAUGCUGUCACUUCAGUCUGGGAACUUCUUGCAGCAGUCCUCUCAUUCCCAGACUCAGCUCUUCCAUCCUCAGAACCCUAUUGCUGAUGCUCAGAGCCUUUCCCAGGAAACUCAAGGUCCAAUGUUUCAUAACGCCAAUCCCAUCGUCCACAGUCAGACUUCCACAGCAUCCUCUGAACAGCUGCAGCCUUCCAUGUUUCACUCGCAGAGUACCAUUGCUGUAUUACAGGGCUCUUCAGUCCCUCAGGACCAGCAGUCACCCAACAUAUUUCUUUCCCAAAGUUCCAUCAGUAAUCUUCAAACUAACACAGUAGCCCAAGAAGAGCAGAUUUCAUUUUUUUCAGCACAGAACUCAAUUUCUCCACUUCAGUCAACAUCAAACACUGAGCAGCAAGCUGCUUUUCAACAGCAGCCUCCAAUCUCGCACAUCCAGACCCCUCUUCUUUCCCAGGAACAGGCACAGCCCUCUCAGCAAGGUUUAUUUCAGCCUCAGGUGGCCCUGGGCUCCCUUCCUGCUAAUCCAAUGCCUCAGAACCAGCAAGGCCCAAUUUUCCAGACACAGCGCCCAAUAGUUGGCAUGCAGAGUAACUCUCCAUCCCAGGAGCAGCAGCAGCAGCAACAGCAGCAGCAACAACAACAGCAGCAGCAGCAGCAGCAGAGCAUUUUAUUUAGUAAUCAGAAUGCCAUGGCUACAAUGGCCUCCCAGAAGCAGCCACCACCAAACAUGAUAUUUAGCCCAAACCAGAACCCGAUGGCUAGUCAAGAGCAGCAGAACCAGUCAAUUUUUCACCAGCAAAGUAAUAUGGCCCCAAUGAACCAAGAGCAGCAGCCCAUGCAAUUUCAGAAUCAGCCUACGGUUUCCUCACUUCAGAACCCAGGUCCUACGCAAUCUGAGUCACCACAGACCUCCUUGUUCCAUAGUUCUCCUCAGAUCCAGUUGGUUCAAGGGUCACCUAGUUCUCAAGAGCAACAAGUAACACUCUUCCUCUCUCCAGCAUCCAUGUCUGCAUUACAAACCAGUAUAAACCAACCAGACAUGCAGCAGUCUCCUCUUUACUCCCCGCAGAACAACAUCCCUGGAAUCCAAGGAAGCACUUCUUCACCCCAGCCACAGGCUGCUUUAUUUCACAACACUACAGGAGGCACAAUAAACCAACUACAAAAUUCUCCUGGCUCAUCUCAGCAGACUUCAGGAAUGUUCUUAUUUGGCAUUCAAAAUAAUUGUAGUCAGCUGUUAACCUCUGGGCCAGCUACAUUGCCAGAGCAGCUGAUGGCCAUAAAUCAGCCGGGCCAACCACAAAAUGAGGGCCAAUCUUCUGUGACAACACUUCUUUCUCAGCAAAUGCCAGAAUCUGCCCCACUGGCCUCCUCGGUGAACAACAGUCAGAACAUGGAAAAGAUCGAUUUGCUUGUUUCGUUGCAAAGCCAAGGGAACAAUUUAACCGGCUCCUUUUAGUGAGAUAUAAAUUCCCUGAAGAAAGUAAUGGUGAUUCCAAGAUGUCCUGAGAACUUGUGGCUCCAUGAAGAUUAUUAGACCAUUAUGAAGAACGACAUCUGAGUAAAUGGAUAGAUUUCCUGUGUAAGAAUACACCCAUGCUGCCUGUUGCAGUGAUUUGCCACCAAUGUGCUUUUCGUUUCUAAUAACAGUGAUGACUGAGAGUCUGUGAUUUUCCAGCUGACAGAGUUGUUGCUUUUGUCCUCUGUUUUUAAAUGCAAGGCUGGCCUCUCAGUUAUUCUUGCUAUUAGGAAAUCAUAUUUGUCAUGUUUACUUACAUUCUUACUUCCCUUCCUGCAUUAUUUUAGUCAAGUAGUGGCUUAGGACAAAGUAAAGUUCAGUAUGACUAAGGCUGUGCUUUUGUUGAUGUAAAAUAAAAACAUGGCUGUUGGCCAAAGUGAAGAAUUUCUUUCAGUUUUCAUGGAGAAGCUGAAGCAGUAAUUGACUGAAAAGAAGCUGUAUUAAGAACUCUGCAGAUACGAGGACUCCUCCUCAUACACACAGGCAGAUGACAUGCUUACAGCCUGGGUACAGCUGGUGUGUUACUGAGUUCAUUGUUCAGAGAGGUGUUAGUUCUCUGUAUUUCUACUAAGGGAUUUAGCCAUAACUGCAUAAAAAUAUUUUGUUCUAUGAAAAUGAAGGGGGUGAUGUGUGACGUGUUACAUUCGCAUAUUCUCCUCCGGCAGUUUAAACUGACAGUACUUCAGUCUGUUUUCUUACCCAGCGUUAGGCUAGUAUUCCCUUCUUAUAUGCCUCACCUGUACUGUUGUUCUCAUUUUUUUCUUUUUAGCUUUGUUAUUAUUCUACUGGCUUUAUGACCCUGUAGUAAUUAGAGAAGGCAGCCUCGUUGACCCAGUGACCUGGCAGUCAGCAGCACAGGGCCAGGAAUGCUCCUUCAGGAGUUAUUGGGAUUUGGUUCCCGGGAAAAAACAGUUCUCUUUUUUCUUCCAUGAACGGUGCUGUUCUGAAGUCUCCAAAAUUCUCGCUUUGAUGAUAAAUAGUACAAAUUUUAAUUUUACAGACAAGACAGACAAACAUUUCUCAAACUCUGACUUCUCCCUGAGCCGCAGUGACCAUUCACAGGUCACCUCAGUGCUUUACAGUUGAAGUGGUCACUGACUUGAUGGUUUCCACAGCCUUGGGCUUUACAGGGUCAUAUCAUUGAUUUCACAGGAAGAAUUUACUUGUGUUACAUCUACAGAGAGCAAAAUUACACACUCCAGAACUUGCAUUUGUAGCAUUAGCUGUAGAGUUUUGGGUGUGCUGCCACCCAUGGGGUGCCUGCUUCUCACUCCCACCCACACCCGGACACGUGCUUAGGUCUCCUCUAUCUUUGGCAUGUGCAAAGUGUCAAUGCAGCAUUAGGUCGUCAUGUAUGCAGCUUCUGUAUGUCGGUAUGUUUUGGUUUCCUGUUUAAUUCUUUUACUUUCUAAGCUUUUAAAAAUUACCAGCUCAUGGUUGUUGCCUUUUUCCUUAGUUUUCCUUUUUUUUUUUUUUUUUUUUCUCCCCCCCCACAUGUGGUGUGGAGCUGUGGUGUUGGUUUAGUUUAUAUAGCCAGAUCCCCCUUUGUGACUCUUCCUUUGUUAUUUGUCUGUGGUUCUUGUCAUUUGCUUUCUCUUUGUCCUUCUCCCUCUGCCCUGGCCCUUCCUUUCUCUCUCUGAGAGGCAUUGGAUUACGUUUUCAGUAGUACAGGCUUCUUGCCAAUAUGAAGGGAACUUUCCAGAAAGAGACCUACUCUGGUCAUUUAAUUUUGAAAACAGUUUUCAAUCGUUCAAGUUUUGGAUGGUUUAUAUCUAAUGUGUGUUUCAUUUUUUUGGAAAGCUAUAUUUUAUAUUUAGGAAAUGGUAUACUAUUUUGCUACUUGUACUAAGUGAGUACAUUGGCAUAAAUAUAGAAAUUUAUAUAUAUAUAUAUAUACAUAUAUAAACUAUUCUUUUUUGCCACACAUUUUUGUGGUAAAUUUGUGAGUUUGUCUGAUGUUCUACCACAACGUGGCGUCUGAUAACAGUGAGGGGGGUUUGUUAUGUCUUUCUUGAGUAUUUAAGCACCUUUUGAAGUAAAUGGCCUGUUUAUCUGUAGCCAUUCCAUCAGGCAGUUCCUCGAUGUUACUAGGGAGCUGAAGGCGACUUACUGUGUGUUUGCUGGAUCUUUCACUCAGUGAGAUGUUAAAGAGCACGGAAAUUCAUUUGAGGCAGUGUGUCAAAUGGUGUUUGACAAGAAUGAGCCACUCUGUCUUCGUUCACUAUAUAUUUAAUAUUUUAUUAUUGUUGUUGUUGUUAAUUGGCUUUCUGUAUCCUAUGCCUUUUAUUUAUAAAGACACUAAAAAAACCAUGUUUGUAAUUUUAAUAACAUCUCCCCAUCUUUUAAUAUCCAGAGCUACUUUAUAAAUUCUCUAAGCCAAAAGUAUUUUCCUCGAUAUCUUCCUUCUCCCCCAGUUCCUAUAGGGAAAAAUCACCCAACAUAGUUCGGGUUACAGUAAGAGUCAGCCACACAAUUCAGUGCUUCAGUUUGAAAAGGUAAAGUGGAUGCCAGAGUGUUGUCUGGAGCGUCAUAGAGAGCAGACCUAGCAGACGUUAGGAAAACAGAAGUCAAAGUUUAAAACCAUUUACUUCUGAGUUUUCCGAAUUAUUUUCUGAGAUCAUGUAGGUGACUCAGGAAAUCUGUUUGUUCACCAAGAUCAAAUUAAAAUGUUUGAUACUACCAUGCUGUAGAUGAAGUGGCAGCAAGAAGUCUGGCUUGUGUGGUGGCUUCUGUUCGUUGUAUACUCGCAGCUUAUCCUUAUAAAAUGCUGAUUGGCAAUGCCAAGUCACCGGGACCAAUUUCUGUUUUAUAAUGUUUAAGUUUAGAACAGAACAUCACCUGAACUGUAGUGCUUUGAGUGGAUGGAGGUAGAAACCCCCACUUCAGUCUCAUCACUUGUGUGGUUAUUUAUACAAGGGCUGUGCUGUGCUACCUAUUCCUGCUCAAUACGAUGGAGUUUGUUUUCUUACAUUGUUGAUUGUUCCUUGCCCCUAAAGGUCCAUGUUAAGUACAAUGUUCUGAAUAUAUGAUUUGGUUACAAAAAGUAUUUGUCUUCUUAUUGAAGAGUUAGCUCAGUGGUUGAUAUUUGUGCUAAGAAUGCAGCUUCCCAGUUACUGUUACAAGUUACAGCUGCCAAUGGGAAGACUCAGUGAGCCAACAAAGGCCUUGGAAAUCAUGAUUUAUUAAAUUUAUAUCUGGCAGAAGGACCUAAAUAAACUGUGAACUACAUUUUA